GUGGAAACCUAGAGAUCUCAGCAGCUGACACUCAUUUAGAAAAUGGAGAGGCAAAAUUGCUUUUAUUUUCCUGGCAUCUGUGGAAGCUGGGAGUUUGGGAGGAGAAUAUAAUUUUACCUGUGCAAAGUGGGCUGAGCAUCAUUCGAAGGAGCCCCAUACGGCCAGAUGGAGUGAUUGAAUCAAAGGAAGAAGUGAUGAGGGACGAUGUUUUCUGGGGUUAUAAUAAGCAGCGCAUCCUUGACCGGCUGCGUUUGGAUGACAAGGUGGCCUACGUCACUGGCGGUGGGCAGGGAAUCGGGAGGGCCUUUGCUCAUGCGCUGGGAGAAGCUGGUGCUAAAGUAGCUGUGGUGGACCUGGUCCUUGCAAAGGCAGAAGCAGUGGCACAUGAGCUCAACCUCAAAGGGAUUAAAAGCAUUGCCCUUGCAGCAGAUGUAAGCAAACCUGAGGAUGUGCAAAGGAUUGUUGAUACCAUUGUAGCUCGGUGGGGCACAGUUGACAUUGCAUGCAACAACGCUGGGAUCAAUAUGAAUUCUGCAAGUGAAGAUACUUCACUAGAAGAAUGGGACAAAACUUUCAAUGUCAAUUUACGAGGACUAUUUUUGUGCUGCCAAGCUGCAGGCCGCAUUAUGCUGAAUCAAGGAUAUGGGAAGAUAAUUAACACCGCAUCUAUGGCAAGUUUAAUAGUUCCGCACCCGCAGAAGCAGUUGGCAUACAAUGCCUCCAAAGCCGGGGUCGUAAAAUUAACACAGACGUUAGGAACGGAAUGGAUUGACAGAGGAGUAAAAGUCAACUGCAUUUCUCCAGGCAUCGUGGACACACCACUCAUCCACUCCCCGGAGCUGCAGCCAUUGGUGCAGCGCUGGCUGGCAGACAUCCCUGCUGCCAGGCUGGCACGGGUCACCGACCUGCAGGCUGCUGUUGUCUACUUGGCCUCUGAAGCUUCAGACUACAUGACGGGCCACAACCUGGUCAUUGAGGGUGGCCAGAGCCUGUGGUGAGAGCCCACCAGCCUCCCUUCUUGGGAUUGCAUUCACUUAGUGGAGUGGUAGAGUUUAGUGCAAGCACAGCUUUGGCCUCUGUGGUUGAGUGACUGGCUAAUGGCUGUUUUCCUCUUCUGGGUGUUUCUUUGGAGGUUCAUAUUCUGGGAAAGAAAAAAAAACACAAAACCAACAAAACCUUCAUUUUCAACAUUUUCGUGUUUUCUACUAUGCAAUCAUAUUUCUGUUAAAUUAUACUUAAUCAUGUAAGGGCGCAUUUACUGUAGUGAGAUUUGGCUAUUAUUUAGUUUAAUAGAGGGCAUUUUUAAAGCAAUUAAUAUUUGCUGCUCUGUGCAGGAUAUUGUUCCUAGGCUGUUUUUUCUUUUCUUUUAAUUUAAUUUUUUUUUUUUUUAUUCAAGUUGUUCCAGUGACAUCUGUGAGUGGUAAAAAACAGUUGGAUGUACUGUUGAAAAGAAUAAAUUAGUUCAUUGCAUUUGAACCCGAA